UAAAAAAAAAAAUGGAAUUUCAUCCUGCAGCGACUCCAGUUUAGCUGUCACAAUCGCUACAACCUUCUUUCUGGGUUCAUCGAAGAUCAGCUCAUCUUCACCCAAAAGCCAUCAAAAACCUCAGAGAUAACAAUGCCAAAAGAUAGACGAGAACGUUCAUUGUCUGCCGGUAAAUCCCGGGCUUCUCCAUAUCGAUGCAGCUCCAGUCACCCGAAACGAUCAUCAAUUAAAAACCCAUUAGAGAGUGAAGAAAAUCAAAAAGAAUGGGAAGAUGCUAGGUGUCCAGUGUGUAUGGAACAUCCUCACAAUGCAAUUCUUCUUCUAUGUUCUUCUCACAAUAAGGGUUGCCGUCCUUAUAUGUGUGACACAAGCUACCGUCACUCAAAUUGUUUUGACCAAUUUCGUAAAUCAUUUUCUGAAGGUCAGCCAUCAGCCGCAUUGACUGAUGAGGGCCAACAGUCAGCCACUUCGACUGACGGUCAACCAUCAAUCCCUUUGAAUGAAGCUGGUGUGUUGUUGCCUGCUUUGAUUCCAGAAGCAAGUUUGACAACAUUAAAUGAAGAUAAGUUGAAGGCAAAGUUGUUAUGUCCUUUAUGCCGUGGGGAGGUGAAUGGCUGGGUGGUUGUGGAUGCUGCCCGUGUAUUUAUGAACACAAAAACACGGAGCUGUGCUAGUGAAACGUGUGAUUUCUUUGGGACAUAUACUGAUUUAAGGAAACACGCAAGAUUGGUUCACCCGCUCGUGAGACCAUCAGAAGCAGAUCCCGAGAGGCAACGGGAUUGGAGGAGGAUGGAAAGACAAAGGGAUCUUGGAGAUUUGUUAAGUACCCUUCAAUCGUCUAUGGGAGAAGAACGGGAUGAAGACAAUACCAGUAAUUUUUCGCUUGAUGAAGGUGGUUUGUUGACAUUUUUUUUCCUCAUUAGGGUUUUUCGACCUGGGACUAGGUCAAGAAGCAGGAGUUGGUCUGAAACUUCUCGAGACCGACCCCAUAUGACUGUUGGGAGGGAAAUAAGGACACGGUUGUGGGGUGAGAAUUAUAGCGAGGUGUCUAGAGGUGUUGACAAUGAGUCUUCUGAUGGUGAUAUGGGUUCUGACGCAUCUAAUCUGCUCCCAUUCAGUCGAAGACGUCCCAGUCCUGACAGUGAUGAAUCUUGAAACACAAACAAAGCCAUUGUGAAUUUAAAUUAUGUCCUACCGUCGGUCUAUUUGAAGGAGUGUGCAGGAGUUGUUGCAGACUGAUAAGGAAAGAAGGAAAGCAUCUGGAGCAACGUAAUUUAUUUGUACUCGUAACUUAUAGUCUGGGCUUUUCAUAUCUAUCUAAAUUAAUGAAUUUUUUUUCGUACCCUUCAUUUACAAAGCUCUACUUGUCUUACUUUGUAAGGUCUCUUGUAUGGUGUAUUUAUAGCAAAAAUAUUACGAGAGGAAAAAGUUACGAAAAUGAGCAUUUGAGUUUCCCCAA